AUGGGCAGUUUGGGAGUUCCUCUGAUUCGCUUGCGAGCGCCUAUCCUAUUUCACCGAACCCCACCAUGGCCGAUAAAUUUACGCAAUGUAGGCUACGUCAGCAGCCAAGUAUCAAUUCAUUCUCUGGGAUAUACGAAGCGAUCAUACUCAUCUCAGCGAAAUGAAAACAACACCAACCUUUCAUUUCAGCCUGGAAACCGACUUGCCGCCCGAAAAUGCAUGAUUACUGGUGGGACGUCCGGCAUCGGCUUCGCCAUUGCCGAACGAUUUCUACAAGAAGGCGCAUCGACCAUAGUCCUCGUCGGCCGAUCUCAAACACGCCUAGAGGAAGCAGCCGCAAAACUCAAGUCUGUCACAGUUACACCACCAGACCUUGGUGGAAGUAGCGAUGAAAUCGCAACUUGCGCCCCAGCAGAAGGCAACCAGCAAAGCACUCAAGGAAAGAUCCGUCUACUUGUCGGAGACGUCUCAGAUGCCGGCUCAUGGAUGCGGGAACUCGAAAAGGAAAUGGCAAAUAUAGACGUCCUAGUCAACGCAGCAGGAAUCUCGAUAUCAAGUAUUCUGCCAAGAUCCGAGCUGGAAGAUAUAUCCACGAUCCUACGGACUAAUCUCGAAGGCGCAAUGCUCACUUCGCGCGCAUUAAUGCGUGCCUCUAUCCGGAGCCGGAUACGGAAUCGGAGUGAUCCAGCUACGGGGACCAACCCCCCUUCGAAAUGCAUUAUUAACGUCUCCUCUUUACUGGCGCUCAGGGGCGGAACCGGCGCAGUUCCAUACGCUGCUUCCAAGGCUGGCCUUCUUGGUCUGACACGGUCAUUGGCUGUUGAGGCAUCGACUUCGAUGAAAGAUAUUGUUAUUCGGUCAAACGCUAUUGUGCCGGGGUAUAUUGAAACACCUAUGAUUACAGACUUCACACCUGGGGAAACAAGUAGGCUGAAGGAUCUAAUUCCUCUUCAUCGAUUUGGAGAUCCACGCGAGAUUGCUGAUGCGGCUGUUUUCUUGGCGCAGAAUGAAUAUGCCAACAAUUGUGUGCUCAAUCUCGAUGGUGGCCUUAGUGCCGUUUGA